AUGGCCACCGCAAGUUCGAGCGACGACGCUGGCGCAGCCAUGAGCAUAAGCAUAGCAAACAGCUCAAAGCGACCCAUUGCGACAACAAAGACGGCAGCGUCAAUCCCGCCUUAUGCCACAUUGGCUUUUGGUGCGCUCUCCGGCUUCGCAUCUUGCGUGUUACUGCAACCGUUCGACUUGCUCAAAACGCGUUUACAGCAAUUAGACCAUCGCCCACUGUCUCCCGUCUCCAACAAGUCAAUAUCGAAGCCACAGUAUGCGUCUCGAACGCAGAAACUUGUCGCCAUCACCAAGGACAUUGUCCACACACAUGGAUAUCAGGGUCUGUGGCGCGGCACCGCUCCCACUGUGAUUCGCAAUGUUCCUGGUGUAGCGCUGUAUUUCUACUCGGUCUCGCAUUUGCGGUCGGUUGCGAGUCAGCGCCAAAUUCCUCUCAUCUCCGUCGCCAUCCCCAGCGAUGCUUCAUCCAACACUUCAACUCUAGCCAAGCUCUCUACAACAGGGAACCUGCUAACUGGGGCUGUAGCGCGCGUAACGGUCGGGUUCAUCUUGUCGCCCGUAACUGUAGUCAAAGCUCGGUUUGAAAGCAGCAACUUCUCUGCUGCAACGGAACGUACUUUACUCUCUUCGAUGCGAGAGAUUCGCGCUCAAAGCGGCUUUCGAGGUUUCUUCCAAGGGUUCACAGCAACUGCGCUUCGAGAUGCGCCGUACGCUGGAUUGUACUUAGCUCUGUACGAAGCGUGUAAAACGAAUCUUGCGGGGCUUUCGAGGAGCAUGGACGGCGGACUGGGAACGGGCAACUGGAUGGUGGUCAGUGCGAGUGGUCUGUUAGCGGGGACCCUGGCGACAUUGUUGACUCAUCCGUUUGAUAUCAUCAAGACUAGGAUGCAGACGACGCCAGCCGAUACGCUGCACCAGAUCGCUUUGGCCCACGAUCCGAAAUCUACACUUUCACCUUCAGUGCUUAGGGACAGUUUGAAACCUUCAGUGUGGGGUAUGACGAAACACCUUUGGGCCAGCUCCGGUCCAAGAGCUCUGUUGGACGGGCUCGGAUUAAGAUGCGCAAGGAAGGCAGCCAGCUCAGCUAUCGGAUGGAGCAUCUUUGAGCGUGGCAGGAGUUGGUAUACCGAGCGCGAGGCGAGCAGCUCAGCGCAAGAAGCGGGGACAGGGACAAGAUUGCUAGAUCAUAAGCAAGUUUAG